GCAUUUUGCAAAUAGUAACUCAACUCUUUCGUGAGCAGAAAACAUAGAUUGCAACGCCGCUUUAAUCAGCAGACGACAAGUACAUAAUGUCAAAUUUCGGUUUCGGUUCUCACACGCUUUACAAUCCAAGAGAAGACAGGAAAACAUGCCUGCAUUAGCAACUGACAACCAAAUUGAGGCUGUGUCCAAAGUACUGAAUGACACCAGCAGGCCACUCAAAGAACGCUUCCGGGCCUUGUUUACCCUACGCAACCUUGGCGGACCCAAAGCUGUUGAAGGCAUUUCAUCCUGCUUCACCGACUCUUCGGCCCUGUUGAAACAUGAACUUGCAUACUGUCUAGGACAGAUGCAAGAUCCUUCGGCUAUUCCAGUGCUUACGUCUGUACUAAAAGAUGUUCAGCAAGAACCGAUGGUUCGACAUGAAGCAGGUGAAGCUCUUGGUGCAAUCGGGAGCGCAGAAUCUCUGCCCGUUUUGCAAGAUCAUUGUCAAGACAAGGUAAUAGAAGUCGCUGAGACUUGCCAACUGGCGGUUGAACGUAUAAACUGGCUGCUUGAUGAGAAGAAGAAAUGCGAGAUCGAUGGUGCUUACCAGCAAAAUCCGUAUUGUAGCGUGGACCCAACGCCAUCAACGUCUGUAAAAGAAACGGAGGAAUUGAAGACUAUAUUACUAGACGAAACUUUGUCUUUAUUUGAACGAUAUCGUGCCAUGUUUGCCCUAAGAAACAAAGGAGAUGUUGAAAGUGUAAAAGCCCUGGCUGAAGGUUUAAAGUGCAAUAGUGCCUUGUUCAGACAUGAAAUAGCCUACGUCCUUGGACAAGUGCAGAGCCCUGCUUGCAUUCAACAAUUAAUCCAACGGCUCGAACUUGCUGAUGAAAAUGAAAUGGUUAGGCAUGAGUGCGCAGAGGCCCUCGGAUCUAUCGCCCAAGACGAAUGCCGUGAAAUUCUCCAAAAAUAUGCCGAAGACUCAGCAAGAGUUGUCAAAGAAAGUUGCGAAGUGGCUUUGGAUAUGUGCGAGUACGAAAAUAGCCCAGAAUUCCAGUAUGCAAAUGGAUUAACUAACUUAGACUGAUAAAUGUAUAAAUACUUUCCGUGUUUAAAAAUAAACUUGGUUCUGGACAA